AGCGGAUAAGCGCAGGACCUUUUUGGCACUAUGCUCUUGUAGAAUCCGCUUACAAGGACUGCAAGGAAGGCUUUUACCACAAGUUCUCAGGUUCCAGACAUACCCGCAGUAUUUGUAAACUGCUACACAGUCAGAAGCAGCUGCAAAGGGGUGACAAUGUCUGAAGUUGAGGCCACACUACAAAGGAUAAACGGCCACAAGGGAGUCCUGGGCACCAUAAUCGUUGAUGCUGAGGGGACGGUCCUGCGGUCCACAGUCCUUCAGCCUGAUAUGGCGGCCAAGUGUGCAUCACUGAUCCCCAGCUUAUCCGCUAUGGCGCGAUCAUGCGUCCGCGACUUGGACCCCCAGAACGACCUGCAGUUUCUGCGGAUCCGAUCAAAGCAGCACGAGAUUCUGGUAGCACCGGACAAAGACUUCACACUCAUAGUCAUCCAGGACCCCACAACUUUGAAAGAAGGGGCUUGA